AUGGACAUUGCAGACGACGCCGCUUGCCGAAAGAGGAAAGUCAAGUGGCAGAGCUUGGAGGAUGGAGAUUACAUCGUAGGCGUAUCGGGCUACAGUUCCAACGCCAUUCAAGACAAAUACUACUUGGCGCACACUGUGACGCUGAGAACUCGCCGGGGCAAAGUAAUGUCCUUUGCGGGCAAAAGAAGGCAGAAGAAAGGCAAGCCCUUUGCAGAGAUGAAGGCUGAUUACACCUACGAAAUCUGCAGGCUGAUCUUUUCGGAGGGAAGUGUCAUUGGAGCUUUGCAGAGGCCACUCUUCGGCAAUCCCGUUCAGUUUGAGGUCACUGAGAACUGCGACUUGGGAUUCCGCUGCCCUACCGUGCCUAAGCAGGAUGGCAUAGAGCUCGCUCUGGGUGGGUGGGCGCAGCAGCAUGGCUUGCGCUGGAGCGACAGGAUUGUCCGUGUGAAUGGCGCCCUUACCCGCGAAAUGGAGUCCGCAGAGGAGCUUGAGACGGCCUUGCAGGCAAGGCCUCUAAGGAUGACGUUUGUUCAGUACAUUCCGCGCCGAGCGACUAAAGUUGAAGAACUUCUGCAAGUGAAGCUGGCCAAGGGAUCCGCAGCCCUCGAUGCCUGCAACCGUGCGAUGAUGCAGGAGGGCCAAGCUACUCCACCCAGCACCAAGACCCAGUGCCAGGCAGAUUCCAAUAAGUCAAAGUGGAAUCGUCGCUUGAAGAAAAGCCGACUGCCCAACAUGCAUGAGCUGCUUACGCAACCGAACUCGUACCACCAGCCCGCUUCAACUCCAGUCACGGCUCUUGCGCAGACAGUGCGACUGCCCGUGCCUCCAUUUGAUGAUGCAGCGUGCGGCGGCCCUUCCGAAUGGAAUCUUGCUGACACAGCGUCGGCCGCGUCCCCUGAGAGAGUCCUCACUUGGGGAGCGGCUGCAAGGCAUCAGCUUUCACAGCCGCAUUGUCCUGCAGCAUCCAUCUCGGAUGUCGACGGCUUCUUGAACAGCUUCUUCGAGACGCGCCCAGGCCCCUACGGCAGGUCACUAAGGGAUCUUCUGGGUGAGCCGGAACAGAAGGCCAAUGGAUGGUACAAAGUCCCAUGGAAGCCCUUCGAGAAAUUUCAGCUGCGCGAGGGCGACUGGCAACGCGGCUGGCAUGGCUGCAAGUUGGAGGCUCUCUACUCUAUCGUGUACCACGGCGAGUUGUUCCCCAGCAAGGACGAAUCCAAAGGUGACCGGAUACUUGCAGGAUGUCCGGGAGUUUACUUGCACCGGGACAGCCUUCAGCACAAGGUGGAGAACUACAUGCGCUGGAUCCCGAUGUGCGGGGACGGCCUCUUCUGGGCUGCAAAGUGGGAGGUCUUUUAUGACUCCUGGGGCAGCGUCAAGCGCGGCAAGAGGACCGACCAGAUCAUCCAGAGUGCUGACUCAGUGGAGCUGAAGGCACUGUGGCUUUCAGUGCAGUGUGCAGCUACCAUGGCAGAGGGGACCCCGAUCCAGGCCCUUUGGCGCCCCAGGCGGGAAGCAAAUCCAACCCUCACCAAGGCCCAGCGCCGUACCCACGGUGCCAUGCUGGACUGGGAGCCCCAAGAAGAGGUCUUGGCCCUUUGCGAUGUGCCAGUGCCAGUGAAGGAGCCACAGGAGGUCCCGCAGGACAUCAGUCAUUGGCCCUCUUUGGGUGAAGCCAAUGACAUCGACAGAAGCAUAGCCACCGCCAAGCGGCUAGGCAGCAUCACCCGAAAGCAGUCGCCUUGCGCCCGACGAACGGCUUCCAGUUCACCAUCUUCCACACCUCCGUCGGCGGCCAUGCCUGAUCCCAUUUGCGAGGAAGCUGUCCCGGUGCCACGGAGGUGGGACAAGACGCGCAUCGUGUCACAGGCGUGA